UGCAUUUUUCACAUUACUCUUCUCCUUCCCCACAAUGGGCUUCUUAAAACUGUCGUUUUUUUUUUUCAUUUUGGGGGGCCCCACUAAAUAGCCCUCUUCCUCCGCACUAUGAUGGGCACUCUAACGUUUGAGAGGAAAAGAUGGUCAAGAAGUUACUAAUCUUUCGACCGUCGUUUCUCUUUUUUUUUUUUUUCUUUCACAAUUUUGAGGAAAAAGGCGAUAAAUCGAUUAAAAAAAAAUGCUUAGCGGAUUGUGUAAUAUCACUGUGUGACGCAGACUGGGCUGACUGAACGGAGGGUGGAGACAUUCUCCUUUGAGUUCCGUACGCCACAGUGGUUUCCGACGAACCUUCAUUCGGCUGCAAUUUUGCUAUUUUUACAUGUUGAUAUGUCUUACGCGCUCACAUGGGUUUGAAGCGGUGAAGUGAUAAUGCGAAGAUGCGGUAACGCGGUGAAACGCCGAGGAGUAAACUUCAAGGGCCCCUUCUCAUCCCGCAGCAUCCCGCACAACGCGGGAACUCAAAAUGAGACAUGCCAUUUUUUAAAAAUAGAUUUUGCGAAACGUUUAGCAGUACCUCAUACAGCUCUCACUCGCGCAAAAAAAAUAGCAAUAUGAAGUUAUAUGCGUCCUCCAUUUUGCACAAAAAUAUUAUCCAAAAAAUGAACUAAAAGGAAGAUACAUUUGGCAGUUUUUACUUUUCCCUUGUGCCGUGCUAUAUGCAAGGACCCUUUGGCUGAUUAAUUUCACGUGGAGAAUGGGAAAUUGGAGUGCACGAAAAUUUUCAUUACAUUUUUGCGAAAACGCACGUUAAUUUCCUCAUGUGGAGACGGCGAAACAAUUUAGUGGCGCAUUCCCAGCGUGGCAACAUCAAAGUGCAUUGCCAAUUUUGUUUUUUUUGCCUCCUCCCUGGAGAAGUUCAUCAGCGCGGUUAUUGCGCCGAUUGCGCAGCUUCAUCAGUGAAAGAAGCACAAAAAAAAUGAAACAACAUGCCGCUUAGCCGAAGCAACGCGGCGGUUAGUCAAAGUUGCAUGCCAAGUUCAUUUUGCCUGCUUGAAAUGGUGUGCCAACAAAGCAGCCAGCGCAGCUUUCGAGUUGCCACUUAACAUUCCCCGGAAAAGGGACACGCAUGCGCAUGUAUGUGGCAGCGCGCAUAUCGGAAAAGGCGGGGAGCAAAAUGGCGAUUUUUUGCCAAAUUAAAAAAAAAAAAAUAGUAGCAAUUUAAAAAAAAAAGAUAGCAAUUUUUCCCGGUUUCCCUAUGCUCCAGAGAAUGACAAACGAUGUAUAGCGGUCGGAAUAAUUAAAUACAGAGUACUUUUUUGAAAGCAAAAUUACAUACAUUUUAAAGAGAAGAAUUAAACCCAUGGUUUGCGACGAAUAGAAAAAUACCAUCCUUUGCAAAAAAGAACAAAAGAUACGUAAAAAUGGAAAGAAUAGAGGACCAAGCUGUUUUGGAAAAAAUAGCCAACCUUACAGGAGACGUAAUCAAAAAUGCAACCCCUGUGAAGAAGAAGGACAAAAAGAGGAAAAAGAAAAAGAGAAAAAGCGCUCCAACGCAAGAGAAGCAGCAAAACAACGGAGCAAAUAACAAAAAGGCAAAACAAAUGACAGACCUGCUUGAUGAUUAUAAAGUUCAGCAGAAGAGAGAAAUCUGUAAAUAUUUUUUUAAAAGGGGAAAAUGUAUCCACAAUGAAAAAUGUACCUACUCACAUGACGUCACACCGAUAUAUAAAAUUUCAAAGCUCUGCAAAUUUCUAGUGAAAGGAACAUGUGAAAAAGAAAAUUGUAUUUUCUCCCACGAUUAUAAACUCUUCUUCUGUAGAAAUAAUGUGAUUUACAAUUCAUGCUACAACCCACUAUGCAAAUUCAAGCACAUCAAAAUCGACAGCUCAGUCAAUAACUCCGAUCAGCACAACAUAGAGGUGGAUAAUAUCCUCAGCAAAGAUGACAAAAUUAGGUUUCUCUAUAAUAAUAAAAAUUAUUUAAUGGAGCUCCUAAUUAAUAAGUACCAUAAAUUUGAUAACUUCGAAGAGAAGAAUAUAGACGAUUUGACCAAAAAGGAAACCUACCCCUGGUUCAUCAAUGGCAUUAUCGAUCUGAUCAAAUUAGACUAUAAAUUCAGUAGGGCAGACGCCUUUUUAAAAUUAGUAGACAAGUAUAAAAAUAAUACUCUUCAGGCCAAAGAGGCAGUGCCGAGCAGUAGUGAAUACACCAAGCUGAAUGACAAUAAGGGAACUAGCGAGGACUCCUCCAUUAGUGCGGAUUACACAAAAAUGGCAAGAGAAUAUGUAGAGGGUAGCAACCCUGAUGGGGAAAAGGGUGCGCACUUGAACAGUAACAACCCCUCCACUGCGAACGAUAACAACGUCGAUGGUAACGGUGGUGAGGAAAAUUUCAGUGACUAUAAAUUUUACUCGAGCGAAGAGGAGGAGGAUUACACCAAGUACCUGAAUAAAUACUUCGAAAUAGAUGGGUAG